AUGUUUACAGAUGCCCCUAAAACAAAAAGGAAAAGGACAGAGGAGAGCUGGAGCCAGAAUGACAAACAAGGAACGAACGAGAUUCCUGAAACAAGAGCUCCAGCAAGAAAGAAAAGAAAGAGGGCCGUGAAUUUGCUCAAUAAGAAGACCCAGAAACAGAGGAAAGACACCAAGCUAGACACCUUUGCCUCUCGUUACGUUAUUGGGGAAAAAUUAGGUGAAGGAGGCUUUGGAGCUGUCUACGAGGGAAGACGCGUUUCUGAUGGCUUGCAGGUGGCUGUCAAAAUCAUCUUAAAACAGCCAGGAGAUGAAGAAUUUGUUCAAAGUCCUGUUGAACCCAAGGCUGUGCCUGUGGAGGUGGGUCUGUUGCAGAUGAUGAACCAGCCACCCAUCUGUAAGAAUAUAAUACAGCUCAUCGAGUGGUUCGACGAGCCUGACCACUACAUACUAGUCUUGGAGCGCCCAGAUCCUUGCAUGGAUUUGGAGAGCUUCAUUGACGAGUUUGGAGGUUCCAUUGAUGAAGACAGAGCUCGUGCCAUAAUGCUCCAGGUACUGGAGGCAGUGUGCCAGUGCUGCAAGAGAUGUGUCUUCCACCGGGAUAUCAAAGCAGAGAAUUUAUUGAUCAACACCGACACCUCAGAUGUCAAGCUCAUUGACUUCGGCUGCGGAGAUUGGAUCAAGAAAACUGGUUAUAAGGAAUUUGCAGGCACACUUGAGUACCGCCCUCCUGAGUUCCUUAUCGAGGGGAGGUAUCAUGCCAAACCUGCAACAGUUUGGUCUCUAGGUGUCCUACUGUUCAGGUUGGUUUGUGGACACCUUCCCUUUAGACUGGACAAGGAAAUCAUUGAUGGGCUUCUGUACUUCAAAGAUGGCCUAUCCAAUGAAUGCUGCAAUCUGAUUCGCUGGUGUCUGCAGUACAGCCCCACCAGGAGGCCUAAUUUGGAGCAAAUCAAGCUGCAUGAUUGGUUCAGGUGGGGGUAUAGCUCAGUGGUAGAGCAUUUGACUGCAGAUCAAGAGGUCCCCGGUUCAAAUCCGGGUGCCCCCUUCCACUUGACCCGCAGAUGGGAAACCAAGAAGAAGGAUAAUCUAAAAACCCGAGUCUGCCCCAUGAUGGCCUGGCGACUAGUCCAGGGUGUUUCAAUCAAGUUCCAGUGUAGUGGUCCACCCUCCAGAUGGGGGUAUAGCCCAGUGGUAGAGCAUUUGACUGCAGAUCAAGAGGUCCCCGGUUCAAAUCCGGGUGCCCCCUUCCACCGGACCACUUGUCAGGUGGCCAAAGGUUUAUUCGUGGGCUGUAGUGAGCUGGAAUAA